AUGGCAGAUAUUUCUGGAAUGAGCACCAUAGGUAUGAUAAGUACCGUAUCUAGUGCUAAUACAAUGGCUGCAACUACAACUGUCAGUACGAUGAUGUCUUCAAUGUCUUCAAUGACUGGUAUGCAAGGUAUGUCAAUGAGUACCUCAAAUGGCAUGCAUUCUUCAAUGAAUAUGGGAGGUAUGAGUGGUAUGGCUAGCUCCAGUUCAAUGAGUGGAAUGAGUAUGUCAUGUACAAUGAGCAUGCUUUGGAACUGGUACACCGAUGAUGUUUGCUUCAUCUCAAAUAAAUGGAAAACUACAACCAAAGCAAAAUUUGAUGGUUCUUGUGUUGGUGUUUUUGCUCUUUUACUAGCCUUAAAUUGGCUUAGAAGGUUCAUGCAUGAAUAUAAGAAUGAGUGUGCCAAAUUGAGAUUGUCUGCCGCCAGAGUUAAAAUUAGUUCUUGCAAAACACUGAAGAGCAGAGCCAAGCCUUUCAUUCAAAUGAAUAUCGGUCGAACUGCUCUAAUGGAUGAUUUGGCUAAUCCGUUUUUACAAGUUUUAAGGCACAAUUGGUUGAAUUGUAUAAGCAAUGACCAUUUUGUCUUAGAAGGAAAUAAGAUAUACAUAUACCAGUCAUAUCUAGAUCAUACCCUCAGCUGCGUUUUAAGUACAAUAGAGUGGAGUGUCCUUCACGUGAUUAUGCUCCUAUUCAUGUAUUUCAACGGCUAUAUAUUCAUCUCAUGUAUGAUAGGUGCGGGAGUUGGCUACUUUCUAUUCCAAUAUAAAGCUGUAAAGCCUUUAUAUGGAUAUACAUCACCAAAAAGGUGCUGCGUCUAG